AUGUACGAAGACGGCCCAAAUCCCACCAAGGUCCAGAUUACUCCCGCCUACAAGCGGGCGAAUCCGCCUCCUCCGUUGGUCCUGAUUCACGAUGGAGGAGGCACGACGUUUGGGUACUUUAUGCUGGGGAAUCUCUACCGCGAGGUUUGGGCGAUUCACAACCCGCACUUCUUCGAUGGAGGCGCCUUUGAGGGCGGCAUGGACGAGAUGGCGCGGCUGUACAUCCAGUACAUGAAGGACACGGGCAUCAAGGGCAACAUUCUGCUGGGCGGCUGGUCCCUCGGCGGCUUCCUAUCCCUGGCCGUGUCGCGCUUCCUGGCCGAAGACCCCGAGGCCACGAUCAAGGUCCUGGGCAUCGUCAUGAUGGACACGCCGCAUCACCUCCCCUGGAGCCAGGUCGAUGGACCUACCGACGAUCCCGUCAUCGAAAACAUCCCACCGGCCAUACAGAAGUGUUUCGAGCGGUGCGAUGAGAUGAUUGAGCACUGGGAGGUGCCCAAGUGGGAUGGGCCCGCGUGCGACGGCAAGACUGUCUUCUUUGGCGUCGGCGGGAGACGAUAUUCGGUGCCUCCCGGAAAGGUCUUGCAUAAGUCGUUUGAGGGGGCGUGGUCACCGGUCGAAGUGCCACAAUACAGCAAGCCGGCAGAGGAAGCAUCACAGUCCGAGAAAGCAUCAAUAACACCGCCACCUACAGUCCUGAUACGAGCCAUUCAGCACAUGCCCCUCCCGGAAGGCAGAACGGAGCCGUACAUCAUAGACAAGCAUCGCAAUGAUCGGACGCUCGGCUGGUCGGCCAAUGCACCGGAGUUCAUCAAGGCGGUGAUUGAUGUGAAUUCAAACCACUACGAGAUGUUUGACAAGACGAACAACGCUCAGAUUAAGGACAUGACCACGCAACUGAACCUGGCACUGGAGAUUUUAGAUAGCAUCGGAAAUAGUGUGAGCCCGUCUUUUGGAGGGAAACCGAAGCUGGAUUACUUCUGA